CUCCCGCGCGCCCCCCCGAUCCUGACCCAAAUCCUCAAGCCCCCAGGGAAGGUCUCCUGCUCAGGGCACUGGGGUUCAGUCCCCUGCUUCCAGAACUUUAGGUGUGCGUGUGUGGUGGUCCCAUUUCUGACAGGAUGUGUGACACAGUGUGGAGCGUGUUAAACGCUGUGAGCUUGGCCCGUGCAAAGCAUUGGAGGUGCUCAAGAGCCGGGAGCAUUCGGGAGUCCAGGACUUAGGCUGUCACCAUAUGGACAUCAGUCCGCCAGUGACCUCCUCCCCCAGGGUAGGAGGUUCUUUCUGCAGGGACAGGGCAUUUAAGGAGGAGUCAACAGACUGCGUCAACUGAGCCAACAGUCAUCAUUCUGGGAACCAUGGAGGGUUGUGAAUAAAUCAGGACGACCCUCUGAGUUUUAAAGUAUUUCAAAGGCUGCUCAGGGGAGAACAGACUGGGGAGGGGGAGCUGAGGGUGAAGGCAGGGAGACCUGGGAGAGCCUAGUGCAUUCCACUCCAAAGAGUAAGGUGGCUUCUGGAUCAGAGUGGUGUCUAUGGAAGUUGCUGACCUGAAACAAACAGCCUGCACGCUAUUUCACUUGCAAAGAUGGGGUUUUUUGUUUGUUUUUAUUCCAGAAUCAUCAGGGAAUUGCAAUUGGGGUGUGCAACCAAGGUGAGCUAAGACUUUUAUAGAGAUUAAAGAAGGAAGUUAGAAGGGCUGUAGUCACCAAAGAGUCCAUGGCUUUUCAUUGUCCAAGUCCUUCCCAGGAAAGAAGAGAGUCUUUCUUCUGCCUUUUGGAUACUGUUAUUGUCUCAGGUCAGUGAGGGCUCCACCUUCCUGUGUGCCAACUUUAAUUGAGGUUUCUGUAUAUUAAUUUUUUUACAAAGGAAUUUAAGUAAUAAGAUUCCCAGUAAACCUUAAAGAUAAUUGGUAAGAUUUCCUGGUGCUGUGAAUGUGGCUCUGAGCUAAAGGACAGAUUACAGUACAAUAAAGGUUUUCUUUUGGCAGAGCAUCUGGGAAGACUUGAGACCAGACUGAUGUGAGAAGUCAGUUUUAGGGAGAGAUUAAAAGCUGGAUUCGGGACAUGCUGUUUCUGAGAUCCCAAAGUUGAGGUUCCCAUGGUGGCAGCAGCAUUUAUGGUCCCUGGACAGGUAAGUGGAAGAAGCCCCUGUACCUACCCAGAUGUCCUCCCUACCCCUGGUCCUGACACACAGAUAUAUGAGACAGUGUUGUCCUGGGAUUAUGGGCCCUUAGGUCUGGGCCCUGUCAUCAUCUCAGGCACAGGACCAUUAAUCAAAGCCAGAAGUUGUACAGAGGUGUUCCCAUGUGUCCAGUGGAGAAGGUCAAGUGGUGACAUGUCCUUGGGCACAGCCUGGAGAUGAGACUGAGAGGGGAGUCUUCAGGGAACUGCCGAACCCAUGACAUGGGCUGAUAAAUACUGAGGUCAUUAGUCAUUUCUGUGAUGGCAGCCUGAGGAGCUGGGCCUCUCCUGAGGGGGUGGGUCCAUGACACGUGGCCUCAGAAGAGGGAAGUGAUCUGACGCUGGGUCUGAAGAGGCUGUUCUGCCUGCCGAGAGGAAGAAGACUGGGGGUGAGGGUGGAGCCGGGGGCCCAGAGGAGGGUACAGUCCUGGUGAAUGUCGAUCGUGACUGGAUCCUGGCAAUGGCUCUGUAGCAGGAGAGGAGGUGAGUCUCUGAAUCUCGUUUGUGGUAGAGCUGAUUUUCUGCUGUACAGGAUGAGAGAGAGUAGUCUGACAUGACCCCAGGAUGUUUGCCUCUAGGUGACGGUGGGGAUGCCAUGUCUGAGACGGGAAGUCAGAAGUAGGAGUAAUGGACAAAAGGACUGUCCAGAGUUCCUUGUCCCCAGGCUGAGUCUGAGAUAUUGCCAGGGUGUCUCGGGGAGGUGUCAAGUGGGCCACUAGAAACACACACCUGGAGUUCAGGAAGGAUGGGGUUCAGGAUUGAAGAUACCCCUGAGAGGUGGACGGCAUGUGGACCAGGUCAGAUUACAGGUCCUCAGGUCAUGUGUGGGUGCCAUGAAAGUUGUAGAGUGGGGAGGGACAUGCCCUCCCUGGGCACGGGGACAGGGGUGGCUGUCAUCACUAAGAUGGAUGAGGCAGUGCAGUGACCAUGAGUGUGUGGGGGGUGGGAGUGGCCUCAGGGGAGGUCCUGGUCAUGGUACAGAAUUCAAAGGGGUGGAUAAGGUAUGGAUUCAGAAGCUAAGCAGGAAUGGAGGUCAGAUGAUAGGGAGGUAAGGCCUGGGGCAUUGUUUCCCCUCCAUAGGCUCAGAGUCUUGUGAUGACUGCGGUUGGAGCCUGAAGUGAGUGAGACUGGACGACAGACCAGCUGAGGGCAGAUGAGCGCAGCUGGGACAGGGUCUUGGGCUGGGCUGGGGGGGUGUCUGGGGGGCUGGGCUUGGAAUGAGAGGACUAGAGAGAGGAAGGGGUGAGUGGUGCAGGGUCAGCAUGUGGGACACUGUGGAGGACAAGGACUCGGGCAUCUGACCCCGCAAGGUGUCUGGGUGCUGAUGUGGGAACAGGGAUCAGGGCCAUGUGGGGAAACAGAAAGUAGUACUGGGACCGCCUGUAGCAGUGGGUCCUGCAGAGGCCUGGGGAAGCACUGAGUGCUGGGUGGCACGAGGGGAACAUGAUGAGGUGCCGAAGGCCUGGGGCCGAGUUGGUGGCGUGGUGUGGCGUGUGGGUCACGGUCGGGCACGUGAGGGAGUUGUGACCCUGCAGGGCUGGGCAAUGGAGAGGGAGGAAAUGUGAGCAUGGACUCAGGGCCCUUGUCCCCAGGCUUUGCUCCAGGGGGCUGAGCACAAGUGUCAUUGUGUGUGGUGUGAUCUUAGGAGAGUUGACUCUGAGGAGAGUGGCUGGGGGUUUGUGUGGCAGCCUCAGAGCGUCUUGUGAGACUGCUUGUCUCCCUCUCUGUUUUAACUGAAUGACAUAACACUAGCAGGUUCCUGUGGCAUCAGGGCCUGGUGUGUCCUCUGAGCUGGGUCACUGGGGUGGAUGACCAUGAACUGGGGAUCCUGGUUGCAGAGGCUGCUGUGAACUCACUUGUCCCCCUCAUGACAGGGCCAUGUGAUCUUUGAGGAUGUAGCUGUGUCCUUCUCCCAGGAGGAGUGGGGUCUCCUUAACGAUGCUCAGAGACUCCUGUACUGUGACGUGAUGCUGGAGAACCUGUCACUUAUAGCCUCCCUGGUCAGGUGUAAUUGCAUUUUCCUGGAUUGAGACACGCAUUCUACAGAGCUGACCCUUGUCACCACCAGAAAGUCCUGCUGAAAGCCAUCUGCCUAGGAGUGGGUUGUUCUAGCCUCUCCUCCUGGCACGGCGCCACUACCUGGUAUCCUGUGUUCUUGCUGGUUUGAGACAUUUCCUGUUCUGCGACCAUCAGAGACCUAGCAUUGUAGAGUAUCCCCUUCUACCACUUGACCCUUCCUCCCUUGUUUUAAUAACAAACCCAUGGGCUUAUUCCUACAUGUGUCAUGCACAAAUUUGUAGUGGACUCCUGUACCACCAACGUCUCCAUACAGUUUAUCAGCAUUUUUGUGCUUUCAGGGUGUUGGAGUGCAUUAGGUACUGAGGAGGCCACUUCUGAACAAUGUGUUUCUGUAAAACAAGUGACACAAGACAGGAAUCCAAAUCCAGAACUAUCUAUCCUGAAGACUCUUACUUCAGAUAUGGGUGCCCUGGUAGAGAAAUAUGUUUUGUACCUGGCUGAGCACCAAGGAGUGCAUCCUGGGCUGAAACCGUCCUCUUCUGGGGCUUGUGGGAAUAUGUUCACUUCUCACCUACAACAGCACCAGAAGCAGCCCAGUGGAGAGAAACACCUCAGAAGGGAAGAGAAUGGGGCCUUGCUUGUGACGAGCUGCAAAGUCUUUUUACCCGACAAUAUGUUCACAUGCGGAGAGAUUGAGAAGGCUUUCUUAGGCAGCUUGGGCUUUCCCCAGCACCAGCCCUCCCACGAUGGACAGCAUCCAGGAAGAAGCAGGGAGAGCAGGGAGGUCUCUCACCCUGGACAAGGGCAUUACGAGUGCAGCGAAUGUGGCAAAGCCUUCAGUAAAAAGUAUAAAUUCACGGAGCACCUGAGAGUUCACACUGGAGAAAAACCUUAUGGGUGCAGCGAGUGCGGCAAAUUCUUCAGACUCAGGGGAGGUCUUUCUCAUCAUCGUAGAGUUCACACAGGAGAAAAGCCUUUUGAUUGUGGUAAAUGUGGGAAAGUCUUCAUCUACAAAUGUAAACUUGUUCAGCACCAAAGAGUCCACACUGGAGAAAGACCCUAUGAGUGUAAUGAAUGUGGGAAAGCCUAUGCCCGCAAGGAUUCACUUGUCCAGCACCAAAAGGUCCACACUGGAGAGAAACCUCAUAAAUGCAGUGAAUGUGGGAAGCUCUUCCUUUACAGAAAUAAACUUCUUGUGCACCAGAGGAUCCAUACUGGAGAAAAGCCUUUUAAGUGUACCGAAUGUGGGAAGUCCUUCAGUUAUAAAACCAGUCUUAUUAUCCACCAGAGAACCCACACUGGAGAAAGGCCUCAUAUGUGCAGUGAGUGUGGGAAAGCCUAUGUCAACAAAAAAAGUCUUAUUGUACACCAGAGAAUUCACAAUGGAGAAAAAGUUUAUGGGUGUAAGAAAUGUGGGAACUUCUUUAUAAGCAGCUUUGCCCUCAAUAAACACCAGAAUGUUCACACUGCACAAAGGCGUUAUGAGUGCAGUGAAUGUGGGAAAGCUUUCAAGAGGAAAAUCAGACUUGCUGAGCACCAGAGAAUCCACACUGGAGAAAGACCCUAUGAGUGUAAUGAAUGUGGGAAAGCCUUCAAGCUGAAGAAUACACUUGUUAGCCACCGAAAUGUCCACACUAGAGCAAAGCCUUUUCAGUGCAGUGAAUGUGGGAAGCCCUACAGUAACAAAACAAGUCUUGUUGUCCACCAGAGAAUCCACACUGGAGUAAAGCCUUUUCAGUGCAAUGAAUGUGGGAAGCCUUACAGUUACAGAACAAGUCUUAUUGUCCACCAGAGAAUCCACACUGGAGAAAGGCCUUAUGAGUGUAGUUCUUUGUAUGUAGCUCCAAGCUCAUAAAAAA